AUGACUCCGCAAGCGUCAGCCGAUCCCCAACAACCGGAACGCCGCAAGAGACCAGCUCCACGUGGAACAGCCUUCUACCCCCGCAAACGAGCCAACACAGCCUGUCAAGUCUGCCGAAGUCGAAAGACAAAAUGCGAUAACCUCAAGCCAUCAUGCUCCUAUUGUCUCCGCGUCGGGGCGAACUGUAUCCAGUCCCCGGUUGAUCUCUCCUCGUUUGACCCCGCAAGUCUCAAGAUUCUAGAGCGCCUGGACGACCUGGAGAAGGUUUUGAGGGAGACCAGAAAUGAAGCCCCGACAGUUCGGGAACUAACACCUGAAGAUGUACCUGGAGAGGGGGAGCUGUCUGGAAUUCCCCUGAGGAGCAUCUUGCCAGAAAAAAUGGAGUCUCUGCUUCUUUGGUCUGUUCUCUCCCGCGACAUGUCAGCCCAUACAACCCUGCAAAACGACCCUCCCCAACCAUCUCCGUCUUAUUCCCCGGGCUGUUCAUCUCUAUCAGACAUCGAUACCCAGGGUGUCAAAGUGCUCUUGGAUAACUUCUUUGAUCAUAUCCACUGCAAGAAUCCCAUUCUGGAAGAAGCAGCCGCGAGAAGGGUAGUUCUCAAUGUUAUCAUAGAGGGAAUCGACUGGUCCCCCGAUUCAUGCUUGACGUUACUCAUCUGUGCUUUGGGAAAAAUCGCUACGCCUCUUGAUGCGACUUACCAUCUUCGAGCUGAUUCGACCCCAUAUUUGGAGGCGCAAGCUUUGUUCCAAGCAGCCCAGAAGAGGAUUGGAACUCUCAUGGCCAGGUCGGAUAUUAUAUCCGCACAAUGCUUCUUUCUUUCGGGAGUGUUUCUCAUGAGCACCUUUCGACCAUUCGAAGCUUGGCGCUACUUUUCUCAAGCGUUGGCGACAUGUCAAACAUUACCUUUUCUCCAAAGAGCAAGUGUCUCGGAACCAGAUCAACAACUGGGUGAAACUCAGCAAGAGGCUGUGUACUGGUCGGCUUGGAAGUCUGAACGAGAGCUUCGAGGGGAAUUAUCUCUUCCAGAUUUUAGCAUGCCUUAUGCCUCGAGUGUGCUGUACCCUCCAUUCUUCCCUACGCCGCCUCACCCUCUUGAGUCGACCAAGACUACGGCGUCUCGCAGACAGAAUACAGCUUGGUUGUUCUAUCUGUCCGAAAUUUGUCUGAGGAGAAUUUCCAGUAGGACGUGUAAUGACAUCAUGGAAUUACAUCGUGCUUCGAGCUGCAAUAUGGACUUCUUAAGACAGCUUGCUCUUCUCGUCCCAUCGUACGAGACGCAAGCAAACGAAUGGUCCGAAAGCCUUCCGCCAGAGUUAUCCAUAUCAUCAACCCCAGUAGAAGACAACGUCUGUUGCUUCGUUCUACGCGGCCAUCUGGUCAACUUCUACGAACGUCUCUACUGGCCAUUCGUCAUGGCCCAUCUUGCAGCACUUGAACAAGGAAUCCCAACACCCAUUCCGGGCAGACGAUUUGUAGACAAAGGAUUAGAGUAUCACGUGUUGAACGUAGAGGUCAACGAAGCUGGUUUCUUACAUCGUCAUCACGGCACUUGGCUUAUGAUCCGGGCGCUUGUGCGUUCUGCGACAGUUUUGCUUGCUGCUCGGCUAUUGCGCUCGGGAAUGCCAGCUGGGUGGCAUGAUGCGUGUGAGAGGAUAAUGCAGGUUUUGAGAGCGUGGGAGGUUGAUGUGCCAGGGUUGGCGAAUCAUCGGAAUUUCUUGGAGGAGGUCCUGCAUGGCUUGCCGGAUGCUUGA